AUGUCUUCGGAAAGGUCGUCGUCUAACUAUGAUUUCCAGUUCUCUUCUAAACGUUACUUUAUUAAUAAUUUGGAUUCAUAUAACGGCAAAUGCAUUUUGAAAGAAAUGUCUAAAGUGUUGGAGCAGAAUGCGACAGAAUCUAAUAAACAGUCGUCACAAACGAUGCUUGGAGAGAGCGAUGUAAUGCCACCUUCACUACCAGUCCAAUCAUACGAAAUAAUAGGUACCGUUACGGACCCCAAGGUUAAGACUUUGGACAACGUAGCCCGGAUAGUUUCAAAAGACGAUUGUCUGCCCCAAAUGCUCGCCUGUGGAACGGUUAUAUUCGAUAUAAGUUAUGAUAGAAGAGAAUUAAAAAUUGCAAUGGACUACGUGAAAUUAUUAAAAGAUUUGUUAGAUAAACAAGUUUCUCUCGGAUUUCAUGGUGAUGACGAAGAUUUAGACGAAGCUAAAAUGCGUUACCUGAUUUUAAUAUCUACCGUAAUGACUUGGGCCGUUACCAAACCAUUAGACCCGGAUACUCCUGAAAUGCCUUUCAUAGAGACAGAUUUUAGGAAAAGAAGGCCACAUCCUAACUACAAAAUGCAUUACGACGUCGAAAACGAGGUUAUUGGUAUUGCUAGAAAAUAUAAAUCGCAAAUUCGAGCUAUAGUAGUAACGGCUGGAGUAACUUAUGGGGGACGCGAAGAUGUGUUAUUUUAUUGGUUCCAAAAGGCUUGGGAAUGCGAGCGUCUGUUGCCGAUUUUCGGUCGCGGCGGAAAUGUCAUUCCUCUUAUUAAUAUUCAAGAUUUAGCACAGAUAAUUUAUAAUUUGGUCUCGGACUUUCCUAAGAAACUCUACAUUCUUGCAGUUGAACAGAAUAUUACUAAGCAGAGAGAGAUUAUAAAACCUCUGGGCCGACUAAUUGGUUCAGGUAUGUUCAAAUGUAUUCCUGAAGAGGAUGCUUUUCUUAUACCAGAAAUCGAUCAAAGAAUAUUCGACUUGAUGACAUUAAAUCUUAUCAUGGAACCGACAUUUAUAGUUGAAUCAAUGGGAUUACAGUGGACGUCUGAAUUGUCAUUUACAGAGAAUGUUCCGAUUCUGAUGAAACAAUUUAAAAAAGAAAGAGCGUUGAAAGCUUUUAAGAUAAUUGUUUAUGGAUCUCCACUCGUGGGAAAAACGACGUUAUGCAAACUUAUCUGCGAAGCGUACGGACUUGUUUAUAUCUCACCGGAUAAAGUAGCAGAAGAUCUGCUAGAAGAUUUGACUUGGCGUAUAAAUCAUUGGGAAGUGGGUGAAACCGCGUUAAUAUCGCCAGUCGGGGAGGAAAAUGAGGUCGAUUCAGAAGUAGAUGAUACUGGUGAAGAAGAACAAGAGCUGGCCAAACAAACCUUUGCAUUGUUGAAGUCUGGAAGGCCUUUGAGCGACGAGGAGAAUUUAUCAUAUCUCAGACAAAAGCUUUUAAGUCGCGAAGCCUUGAAUAGAGGAUGGGUGCUCGACGGAUUCCCUACAAAUCUUGCGCAGUGUUCGAUAUUAUUUGAAAAGGGAGAAGAACAAGAUUCUGAUGUAGAUGAAGAAAACGAAGAAGAAGAAUUUGAUGAGGACGUGGAUUUAUAUAGCAAUGUGCUUCGUAAAUUGUUACCAGACAUUGUAGUUUCAUUAGAAGCUACUGAUGAUUUUAUAUGUGAGAAAGCAAUGCGUCAGCCUGAGGAUGAUUCUCGAAUGGAUGAGGAAGUUGUUCUAAAACUUCUCAGAGAAUUUAGAGCGCGUGAUGCACGCGAUAUUACACCUCUUAAUUUCUUUGAUGAACUUGACAUACAUCCAUUAGUUGUGAACGUAAAAGAACAUGAAGAUUACGGAAUGAAAACCGCCUACUCAGCAGUUGCUUUGCGAAUGGGUAGACCAUGUCGAUAUGGAAAACUUAUGGCUAAAAUUGAAGCAGCCGAAAAAGAAGAAAAACAGGAAAGAGAAACUCUUAGAGCAAGAGAAGAGAAAGCGAAAAGAGAUUUAGAAAAGAAAAUGAAGGAAGAACGUGAAGAAAAAAUGGAAUAUUGGUCCGAACUGUACUCUUUAAUACGAGAAGAAGAAGAGGCCGCUUUAGCAGCGUCCGGUGAACCGAUAAGAAAUUAUCUCGUAAAUAAUAUUUUUCCGACUCUUACAAAUGCACUGCUCGAAGUUGCUAAAUUACGACCGGAAGAUCCUAUCGAUUUCCUUGCAGAAUAUCUAUUUAAGUUGAACCCUAGCGGAAAAAUGCUCGAGCCAGGUUAUAAUCUACAGGCGGAAAAAUUAUUAGGAAAAAUAAAAAUACUCGAUGAUGCUCUUCAAGAUUUGGAUAUCAAAAUAGAACCUUUAAUGCCAGCAAAUGUCAGUUUUGGAGAGCCCAAUAGCCCCAAGAAAAAUAUUGAUAGUAUGAGCGCUUUG